AUGGCCGGAAUCUGGCUAAUCGUGCUGCUGGUGCAGUUUUUCGGCGAGAAUCGCGCCGCGGAAGUCAACGAUUCCGCGACGAGCGAGCAGCUGUUGCAGAUCAAACGAUGCUGUCGUUUCGGCGAGGACCUCGAGGCCGCGAGCAAGGCAUCGUCCGGCGAGGCGCACCGAUGCGUCCCGACGAGCAUGAGCGACGUCGAGGCCCUUCGCUUCGGCGACAUAUACUCGCCGGAGAUAAACAAUUUUUUGUCCGAGCCACCGGCCCAUUGGCGAGUCUUGGAGAACGCGAGGCCAAUUUGCCCGGAACCGCAAAUGCACCUGCGCUACAUUCCGCGAAACCAAUUCAAUCCGUACGUGGUGUUCGUCAGCGGCGAUGUGCUAAUCGAGGCAAGCAGCGACGUGAUUCUCUCGCUCGAGCAGUUCUGUUUGGGCUCCAAGGCCCUGCUCGCUUGUCUACCCCGCAAUAACGAGAGUCUUCAGGCCGCCUCGACUAUAAUGCCUCAGAUCAGGAAGUGCUGCGGCGAACUGGCUGCCUACAAUAUCGAGAAGAAUUCUUGCGUGGAAACAGGUGACAAAGUCACCCUCGAAGACGAGCAAAUUCUGCUGCUCAAUAGCAACGAGAACAACGGCAAAGUGGCCGCUGCCAUGAAAAUGGUCAGUGGUUCUCCGAAAAGCGUAUGCGAGGGCAAUCUCACGAUAAUCGGUGAGGUGCGCUUCUCCGAACUUCAAAACGACGGCAGCAUAAUCGUCGCCGAGCACAACAUACCAGCCGAGGAGUUUUGUAUCGAGCGCAUUCAGGCGAAAAAAAGUAACGAUCUAUGGCCGGUCAAAGUUUUUGCCUGCUUCGAGCACGCCACUAAAAUAUCAGGAGUCCCCGUUCGAGACAUUCGCUUUACGCUGUACCCGGUGGGCUUCAUCGUUAGCGCCGUGUUCCUUGCGGCGACUCUGGCCACGAGCUGGCUACUGCCUGCUUCGCAUCACAUGCUGCACUGGAGAUGCCAGACUUACCAUGUCGCCUGCCUCAUGCUCGGUGACAUCGCCAUGGCAAUCAUCCAGCUCGGCGGCACGUCUCUGCAGGGCGAAUUUUGCCGAGUCCUAGCAAUAUUAGCACACUUUUUUUUCUUGGCUACAUUCUUUUGGCUAAACACAAUGUGCUUCAAUAUCUGGUGGACCUUUAGAGAUUUGAGACCAGCCAACCUCGAAAAAGGCCAGGAGAUGAUACGGCUGAGAUUCUACAGCGCAUACGCCUGGGGCGGUCCGCUUAUCGUCGCCGGACUCGCAGCGUUCCUCGAUCAUCUGCCCGAGACACCCGGCCAGACCUUCCUCAGGCCGAGAUUUGGAGAGAAGCAGUGCUGGUUUUACGGUGAUAUGGAAAUCUUUGCUUACUUUUUUGGACCGAUUGGCGUACUGCUAGCGAUUAAUCUCCUUUUCUUUGCGGCAACGGCUCACGAGCUGACUUGUGGGUUAUGGAAGGGAGAGUUAGUAAAAAGCACGACUGAAAGAGCGGCACUAGGUAAAGUGUGUCUAAAGCUGGUCAUAGUCAUGGGAGUCCCCUGGAUCUUCGACGUGCUUUCGUGGAUGGCAGGUGGGCCCGAUUUCCUGUGGUACGUGACGGACCUCUGCAACGCAGCUCAGGGCGUUCUCAUCUUCCUCGUGGUCGGCUGCCAGCCUCAGGUCCGAGCGGCCCUCAAACGGCUCUGGUCGCGCAAUCCUCGGGCCAAUUCCAAUCGUCAAGGCAACGGCCUGAGCACGACGAGCCACGGCAUGCCCAGCAUGGGCGACAGCUUCACCCAGAACCCGAGCACCAAGUCGGUGCCCCUCGAAACCAUCUGCUGAGAAUACGAGACUAGAGAAUCUCUCAUCGCGGCGGAAAUUGUACUCUGAACCACUUCAAGAAAGAGUAAGUAUUUGAAAAACACGCUGAAACGGGUAUGAUUCUCUAGAGAAUAAGAUGUAAUAAAAAUAGAAAUUUGUAAUAUCAAUCAAAUUGAAAUUGAACAUUUGUGUUACUGUUAAUAUUUUUUUCAUUCUGUAAAAGACAAAAGAACCGCUGUAAAAAAAUAAUCGCUUCCGUGCAAUUGUUAGCAACAACUAGAAUAUACGUAUAGAAAUCAUUUCUUAGUAUAAAUAAGCUCGAAUAUUUUUAUUUUGAUUAAU